GCAUUCUCUCCGAAGUAGAGCCAGCUCACAGUUUCCAUUCCAAAGCAGCUCUCGGUCCUCACCUUAUUCUCUCUCGGCGGAACCCGGCGCCAUGCUCGUCAGCGAACGUUUCCCGGCCGCUCCCGGGCUCUGAGAUUUGACUCCUGAUCGGCAUCGCACGAUGAAUCUGUUUGGGUAGCAUGAAUUCAAUUCCUGGAAUGAGAUGACGAUGGCAGGGGCUAGCUUGAAAUAAUGGACUGGAUUCCUGAGAUGCGGUACAAAGUAAGACAACAGUUCUCGGCGAAAGUGCCCGUCUUUGUGGAUAAAGCUCGGUUUGAAGCAAUAUGCUUUUGCACUGCUAUUGUUUUCAAGAAUAAAGAGAUGGAGAUUGAUUGUGUGCAGAGGUUGGGAUUGGUUUUCUGAAAAGAGGGGGACACGGUAGAAGUUUUGUUUUGUGGUUUCUGAUUUUGGGGAUUUUCGAUCAGUUUGGGGCAUAUUCAAGUUCUGUUAACAUGGAGGGUUCCAAUAAUUCCAGUGGGGAGGUUCAAGAGGAAGUAGAUACUGUUUUGAGAUUAAACUUGAGAUUAAACUUGAGGGCAGGAGUAAAUGAUGGUCAUUCCGCCUUCAGGCUCAGAUCAAGUGAUUCGCUCCUUCCGGGUCUUAUAGAUGAUGUUGCUUUGACUUGUUUUGCUUGGGUUUGUAGAUGUGAUUACACUUCAUUGGCGUGUAUAAACACAAGGUUCAAUAUGCUAAUCAAAAGUGGGAUUUUAUAUGGGCUGAGGAAGCAGAUGGGUGUUGUCGAACAUUGGGUUUAUUUGGUUUGUGAUCCUAGGGGAUGGGAGGCGUUUGAUCCCAUUAGGAAGAAGUGGAUGACUUUGCCUAAGAUUCCUUGCGAUGAAUGCUUCAACCAUGCAGACAAGGAAUCUUUGGCUGUGGGUAGUGAGUUGUUAGUUUUUGGCCGUGAAUUGUUGGAUUUUGCCAUCUGGAAGUAUAAUUUAGUUCACCGAAGCUGGGUCAAGUGUGAAGGAAUGAAGCAAAGGCGGUGUUUAUUUGCAUCAGGUAGCCUUGGUUCUAUCGCUAUUGUGGCAGGAGGUAUUGAUAAGAAGGCAAAUGUUUUGAAGUCCGCUGAGUUGUACAACUCUUCAUCAGGCAGAUGGGAAAUUCUACCUGGUAUGGAGACACCACGUAGAUCAUGCUCUGGGUUUUUUAUGGAUGGCAAAUUCUAUGUGAUUGGUGGGAUGUCAAGCCCCACUGAUUCGUUAACCUGCGGAGAGGAGUUUGAUCUGGAGACGAGGAAGUGGAGGAAAAUAGAGGGGAUGUAUCCUAAUGUGAGUGAGGCGGCUCAGGCACCUCCACUUGUUGCAGUUGUGGAUAACCAGCUUUACGCAGUCGAGCACUCAACUAAUAUGGUAAAGAAGUAUGACAAAGUGAAGAACACCUGGGAUGUGCUGGGCAGACUUCCUGUCAGGGCUGAUACCUCAAAUGGUUGGGGACUUGCUUUCAAGGCUUGUGGCAAGGAACUUCUCGUUGUUGGAGGACAGAGAGGGCCUGAAGGAGAAAGUAUCGUGCUGAACUCCUGGUGCCCGGAGUCAGGGGUGAAGGAUGGCCUAUUGGAGUGGAAGGUUCUGGGUGUUAAGGAGCAUGUUGGCGUGUUUGUGUAUAAUUGUGCUGUCAUGGGUUGUUAAUUUUUCGUUAAAGUUUGACCCUUGUAGAAAGGUACAGCACUUCGCCACCUGACUUGGCCUUUUUAGGAUGCUUCCCUCCUUAUUUAUCUGAUUGACUGAAUUUGAUAUUUGGGGGAUAGAAAGAGCUAUGUUCUUUUUCAUUUUUCUUCUUUUAACGUUGGUACUUGGGGGUUUAUUUGCCUAUUUCAUUGUUUUAUUUAUCCUUGCAAUCCAAGUGGUGAAUAUUGUAGCUCUGGCCGUGUUCCCGGUUCUGCUCUGAUCCACUUUCGACUCAUUUCUACAAAUCAGUAUAGAUGGCUUGUCAUGCUUGAUA